UUCUAAUCAGAGUAGGGGCUGAUUUGUGUUAUUUUGAUGCUGAUUUAGGUGAGCUGAAGGAGGGCUGCAGUCACCCUAGCCGGUGGUAGGAAGUGUCUCACUGCUAAGCACAAAGUGGAGUCUGGCUUUGAUCUCAUUAACCCCAUCAGCACUGGAGUAGCAGAAAUUUAGGGUCCACUAAUGGUAUCAAGAGAAAGGAGGGGAAUUCUGCCCCUUUUCUCAAUGAGAAGAGGAAAAGUUGGGGGAAUAAAAAUUUGAGGAGAAGUGGGGAUUUCUAAACUCCACAAGAAAAACAAUGAGAUGGAGAAGAAGGAAAACCCACAGCAGCAGUAACAGGAAGAGCAUCUUGGAGACAGCUUUGCACAAGCCCAGCAGUGACGGCAAGAGGCAGCGGCGCACGGGCUGCUCGUCUUCAGAGAGCUUUGAGAACAGCCCCUGCACAGGAGCUGAAGAAAUCCCCAGCCACCCGUGCCUCUGAUCUCAGAUAAAGGUCAACCUGUCUGGUAGAAAGUGUGAUGGGAAACGCUGCCACAUCAGCCUUCGCUUUCUCUUCCUUACGCUGAAGUGAUUCACUGUAUGUGUCAGGGUAUGUCUUCUCCUCGGCACCCAUGGUGUUUGGCUCUUGGGAGCAGCUCUAUUUAUCUCAUGAACCAGCUUAAGCCAGGGCCAGCAAGAUUUCAUGAGAGCUGCUGAGAAACUGCCCACAGCACUUGUUAUUACAGCAGUGUUCCAUAGCUGUUGAUGGUUUGUUGGAGAGUUUUUAAAUCAUGGAAUCGUUUAGGUUGGAAAAAAAUCUUUAAGGUCAUUGAGUCCAGCCAUCAACUCAGUGUCACCGUAGAGCAGUCCCUAAGUGCCACAUCUGCACAUCUUUUAAAUCCCUGCAGGGCUGGUGACUCAGGCAGCUCCCUGAGCAGCCUGUUCCAGUGCCUUCAGUGAAGAAUUUUUUCCUGCUUCCCAAUCUAAAUCUCCACUGGUGCAACUUGAGGCCAUUUCCUCUUGCCUUGUAGUAUAUAUAGGCCCAAUGGUGUGUUAAAAAAUUAGUUAUGCUGGUCUUGUCCCAACAAGCAUUCAGAGUUUCUGAGACCGUUCAAGCACUGACAACUGCAAAGUUCCACCUGACACAAACUCAAAGUUUGACACACAAAGCCUUGGGGAGCUGCAGGUUCCAGUCGGUUCUCCUGAUGCCACCUCUGCAAGAUCAUCACUGGUGAGGGAAGUACCAGACCUACACAUCCUACAGGAUUUCAGAUGCAUGCCAGGUUCCCGCUGAAUGCCAGCAGCAGAGAUCACUACAGAUGGAGCCCCAAAGUCAGCACGGCAGCGGCGGCUCCCUGGUGGUGAUUCAGCAGCCCUCCCUGGACAGCCGGCAGCGCUUGGACUAUGACAGGGACUGCCAGCCCGCCACCAUCUUGUCACUGGACCAGAUCAAGGCCAUCAGGGGCAGCAACGAAUACACCGAGGGGCCGUCAGUGGUGAAGAAGCCGGCCCCGCGGACGGCGCCGAGGCAGGAGAAGCACGAGAGGACUCACGAGAUUAUACCGAUUAAUGUGAAUAACAACUACGAGCACAGGCCCGGCCAGGUGGGGCACGUGGCCCAUCAGCAGAACGCCAGGGCUCCCGUGCUGAGCCGCUCCACCAGCACGGGCAGCGCUGCCAGCUCCGGCAGCAACAGCAGCGCCUCCUCGGAGCAAGGGCUGCUGGGGCGCUCGCCACCCUCCCGGCCGGGCUCCGGCCACAGAGCCGAGCGGACGAUCCGGGCGCAGCCCAAGCAGUCGGCGCUGAUCGUGGACGAUCUGAAGGGGCCUCUGAAAGAGGACUUGACGCAGCACAAGUUCAUCUGCGAGCGGUGCGGGAAGUGCAAGUGCGGGGAGUGCACGGCGCCGCGGGCCCUGCCCUCCUGCCUGGCCUGCAACCGGCAGUGCCUGUGCUCGGCCGAGAGCAUGGUGGAGUACGGCACCUGCAUGUGCCUGGUCAAAGGCAUCUUCUACCACUGUUCCAACGAUGACGAAGGGGACUCGUACGCGGAUAAUCCCUGCUCCUGCUCCCAGUCACAUUGCUGUUCUAGGUACCUGUGCAUGGGAGCCAUGUCCUUGUUCCUGCCUUGCUUGCUCUGCUACCCUCCGGCCAAAGGAUGUCUAAAACUCUGCCGAGGGUGCUACGACCGCGUCAAUCGUCCGGGCUGCCGGUGCAAGAACUCCAACACGGUCUAUUGUAAACUGGAGAGCUGCCCCUCCCGGGGUCAGGGCAAGCCCUCAUGAUUUUGGGAGGGAGGUUUACUUCCUCCACCUUCAGUUUUUCAGGUUGUAGCUGGUUUUUUUUUUCCCUCUUCCCAUCUUUUCUUCUUCCCCCCUCCUCUCCCAUUUUGGGAGGACUGUUGCUUUCCUUUCCUUUCUGUCUGCCCAACUCCAGACACAUGAGCUCUUCCCCUUGCAUCUUUGCUCUCCUCCUCCUGCUGACCUGGCUGAGUGUGGAGCAUUUCACGCAGUCACUGCUGCUCUUUGGUAAGUGUGGACCUGGGAUCUGCACCUGCCGCUCCUUUGGGCAGGGUCUUUGAGUUUGUAACUGAACCACUCCUGAAAGAGACAGUGAGGGCUUACUGGGCUCUUGAAGCUUCUUGCUCUGUGAAUAUCUUCCCAAAGAUGUUUUUUUUUUUUGUUCUCAGCAAGUUAUGUUUUUUUUCUCCUUAACCUCCUGGGUGCCAAGGAAGAAUAACUUUCCUGAGUGAGCUGGAUUGUGAAAUAACUUUUUGUGUGUGUUCUUUCUGGAGAGGGAUGUAAAAUAAAGGCUUCACCAAAUGAAAGGCCUGACUCUUCUAUAAGCAGCCUGCUUCUUUUUGCAUCUUUUUUUUCCCCCCUCUCUCUUUUUCUCUUAACUUUUGGAACAUUCUCAGACCUGAGAAUUGCCCAGCCUUUUUUUUUUUUUUUUUUUUUUUUUUUUACAUUUUCAAUGUAUCUUCAGUUUUUGCUAAACUAUGUAAAUCUUCACAUUGGAGACAUUGUGGCUGCAACUUACUCAUUUGUUUCUUCUGCUGUCCAGUCUUUGAAGGAUAUUGCUUACUCCACCCUCCUAAUCCAGUUUUUAUAGUCUGUCAGUAUCAGUUGAUAUUAAAGUUGGUGGUGUUCAUAUAUCCAAACAGCCUUCAGGUGUCAUUGAGCCACCUAAAUGUUCUUGAAUCCUUCAAGUCUCUUGUGAUCCUUUGGCUUAGUGAGUUUAGCUCUGCUCUGUACUCUAUAAUUUUAUUCUGUCCCUGUUUUAUUGCCUUAGCCACAAAUUGUGGUCCUUUUUUGUAUAUUUUAUGUAUAAAACACAAAGUUGAAUCCCAACUAUUUUUAAGACAAAAGUCUGUUAAAACUUUUUUUAUUGUAAAGAAUAUUUAUUAUGUGAAUCUCUAUUAUUUUAUGAUAUUUAUUGCAAAAGACUUCGAAAAUGUACUCAUGUCUGAAUAUAACAAAAUAUCAAUACUUAACGAAAUAAGGAUGACACGAAGAAAGUACAUAUGUUAACUAUAAUGCAGAAAAUAUAUUAAUUAAUGAAAAUGCCUCUGGAGUUCUUUUGUUACAAUGACAGGUUGUGAGCUACCUGUGUGUAUUGCUGGGCUCUUCCUCCUUCUUCAGGUCUGUCAGGUGGUAAAUAACCUCCUAUUGAUACUUCAAAGCCACUAGUCUGUGCUCUAGUUUAGUUUACCUAAUUUUAAGUUAAAGCCAACUAUAUAUCAAAUAAGGGAUGUUUAAUACAAUUGAAUCUGUGUUGUGCUUAACAGUGCCAAGAAAUGGAGGCUCUAUUUAUUUACCAAAGCAUUUGGAAAUACAUUUGUGGAGGAGGAAACCACAACUUCCAAGUUGGUUUCUUUUUUGGUGUUUGGUUUGUUUUGUUGGUUUUUUUUAAGGAAUACCACAUUAACAUGCAAAGCCAUUUAAAAUUUUCCUAUAUAGAACUUCCUGGCUGGUUAAAUUGUGCAGCAGCUGAAGAAAUUAAUCUCCCCACCUCAAUUCUAAAUAAAAAGCUUGGAGCCAGGAUGAAAAAUAGUGAUUGUGUUGCUGUACUUUGGUAGCUUUGAAAUCUGGGAAUGUGUGUAUCUUUGGGCCUAUGUCUGAAUGUCUGACUUAUUUGGUUCUUUUCCCAUACAUUUUCCAAUGUCAGUUUUCCAAUGUCAACGGAGUCUUCUGUCUUUAAAUUAAAGGCUCUUAAGGGUGACCUAAGUGUCACAGCUACUUGUGGCCAUUUAACACACAUUCAACAGAAAAAGCUUUUCAUUAAGAGUGAAUGGGGAGACCUCAUUCUUUUCCUCAUGUGGGUCAAGGUUACAUCACAAUUCUCCUGAACUUUAAAAGUUUUAAAUGGAUGCAAUUUCACAUGGUGUUCAGAGUAAGUGGUUCUAGAGAAACUCCACUUCAGAACAGAGCAGUGACUUGACAAAUGUGUCAUAUCUUGCUCUUUUUGGAAGUCCUGCUGCUUUGAAUUACCAUAUUCAAGCUGCUCUGACUCCCAACACGGUGAUGAUUUGAAUAAGCUUGGCUUUUUGUAGUUAAUUCCAUCCCAGCUGAUGCAGUGUCAUGGAACAGAGCUGACUGAGAAGCUGAUUUUUUAUUAAGCAGCACACAUGACCCCUGAGAGGUACCAAGAGAAAUCAUCACCUGAGUACAUCUAGGAAUGCUUUGCAAGGUGCCGGUGGUGCUGCUCCUCUGUGUGACAGAAGUGACAGCCUGGGGGGCAGCACUGGAUGCACACGGAUUCUGCUUUCCAAGAUUUCCCGGGAGGAAGCAAAGGCAGGAAUGUUCCUGAGGAGCAGGGACUCGCUCUCCUUCGCUGUCCCCGCGCGUCUCGAGGAGCGACAGCUGCAGACGGCCCCACGGACACAAUGGGGGCCUUGUGUGGUGCUGGCCAGAGAUGCCCACUGGUAACUGUGUGCUGACACCCGGGAACACGGAGCCAGAUGCCUCCUCUGCUGCACCACAGCCAGCUCCCUGCUCAGGGCCUGUGCUCCAAGGGUGCUGCUCGUGCCUCCUCAAGGAAAACAUUGCCCUCUGUACCUCUGUCUCUUUUUUUUCAGCCAGGUGACUGAUUUAUCUGGGGCUUUGGGUUGGUUCCUAGCAGAAGAGAAGAAAUCCCAAAGGACACACGUGUUCUCCAUCCUUUAAUAUUUGUCUGCCAUCAGGAGCUAGGUUGUGACACUGUUUCAGAUCUCUUUUUUAAGACAACAGCUAUGCUCUAGUUAGUCAUGCUAAUGCUGCCUUUAGUAACCAGAUUUUGGGAAUAACUUGAGGUUGCAGUGCCUCUGGAGAAAAAAUUGGCUGGGACCUACACAGCAAAGAGAACAGUUCCUUGCAGGUCUUACAUGGUUUACUCAUUGCCAGGUAGAGCAGACAGUGUUAGAAAAACGAGAAUGUGUUUUUCUCUUGGGUUAGAUGCUGUAUGCUUUGUAUUGAACUUACAAGUAUGUGGGCACACAGUUUGUGGUAACUGGGAGUGGGGCUGCAGCUGAGCCUCAGCCCUAAUUGGCUGCAGCUGUGCAGAACAGGUGAAUGGUAUUGAAGGUAAUGAGUGCCCAGGGGCACUGCCCAACCACCAAAGGGAACAGAGGGCACACAGGUGCAGUGCAUCAACGUGAGGGGAUAAAAGGCUGGGCUGAAGGGCAAGAUGAGCAGAUACUUGCAGCCUUCUGAAGAGACAGGGUCUUACUGUGUAUGGGCAGACACCAGAAGCCUUCUGAUGAGGUAAGGUGUUACUGUGUAUGGGAGAGUGCUUAAAGCCUUCUGAAAUUGUAUGGUGAUACUCUGUGUGUGUGGCUGUCUCAGCUGUGACACAAAUAUAUCUGAGCUCGCUCCUGGCUACUCUGCAAUGUAAGGUCAUUGCCACUGUGCCAUGGAAGUGGCUGGGGAUUCCUUCAGGCAGUUGGGUUUUGUGCUGUUGAGCCACGCAGGGUUGGGUGAGAGCAUGUGAAUGUCUUUCCAGCUGAAAGAGAAGGGAGCAAGCUGAUGGCUGGAGGGAGUGAAGCUGUGAAGCCUCCACAGCCUGAAGCAGCACAGGUUACUUUAAAUAUGCCCCAAGUGGUCAGCCACUGUGUCUGUUCUACUUUCCACAGUGGAAUGGCCAUCCAAGGAUGCUGUGUUCUGUUGGGAGAGGGGGUUUCCAGCAAUUAGGGCACUGAAGUGCACAUUUCAGUCCUUCAACCCUAAAUUUAUCAGCAGGCUGUUUGAGGUUACUCCUCCAUGUUUGCAGAGCGCCAGACUGUCAGGGCCUACUGCAAUGUAACUCAUAACAAUUACUUUUUUUUCCCUGAUAUUUCUGAGACCCUGUUUUGAGAAGGCAAGAGAACUCUGUGUAAAAUGAAGGUGUAAUUAGGCAGUAAGUUCAGCUGACCUACUGACCUAAUUGCAUGGGUGAUGGAUUUGGCUGAGGCUGCCAUCUGCUUCCAACAGCAAAGGCCUUGGAUGUGCAAGGUCUGGGCUGAAGGAAAAAGGGAAGUCCAGCAAGCUGGAAUUCUUGCUUUGCUUAGUGUCUCAAAACUCAUGAUAAGAGAGAUGAGUUUAGGAAACAGCAAUUUAACAAUAAAAACAACGGGUGGAUGAAGUUUCCAUGUUCCAUGCUGGAGGAAUCUAUGGCUGGGGUGGGAUAUUGCCCUCAGAGUUGGGAUGUUUCUGUAAAGACGGCUCCA